GGGUGGCGGCUUUUUGUGCGCAUGCGCGGUCUUGAGUUUCUUGUGGUUUCACUUCAUUUUGCAAGUGAUGAACAAGAGUUAAUUCCUUCUGCCUGAUUUCACCUGAUAACAGACUUUUCAUACUGUACAAAUAACAACCUGCAGAAGCACAACAGGAUGCCUAAAUCAAAGGAAGUGCUUUCUUCAACAUCCAGCAGUGACUCAGACAGUGAAGCUGACACAAAGCCUAAACGGAAGAAGCAGAUGACAGAGAAACCAGCAAAGAAACAGAAGAGUGGAGAGUCAUCAAAGACAUCCGGUGCAUCAAAAAGCGGCGGAGGCAGCAGCAAUAAAAAAGAUAACAUGUUCCAGAUAGGGAAGAUGAGGUAUGUGAGUGUGCGAGAGUUCAAAGGGAAAGUCCUCAUCGAUAUCCGUGAGUACUGGGUGGACCAGGAAGGAGAAAUGAAACCGGGAAAGAAAGGGAUUUCUCUGAACCCUGAGCAGUGGAACCAGCUGAAAGAGCAGAUCGACGAUAUCGACGAUGCCGUGAGGAGAAUAUAAAAAAGCAGCCCACGAGGAGACCACCAACCCGUCUGCUUCUUUCCUCCGACUGGAUUUCUCUGAGGUUUUAUAAGUCAACGGUCUCUUAGUGUGGAAUAUCCAGUUUAGAUUUAGUUUGACAAUUGUUGUAUUUUUCUAUUUCUUUGUGUUUUUAUUCUACUGACAAAGCAACUGAGAUGGUACGCGUUGUCCUGGGUGGGUAUGGGUUUAACUUGUGCUUCGUUUUUUUUUUUUUUUUACAAUAAAGACGAUGGGAAAACAAAA